GAUUUCAAUGAAAGAGCUACAGAGGACAAAGGCCCUUCAGUAGAAGACAUCAAGUUCAUGGAAAUUAUGGAAAAUUCUGUAACACUGGACGAUGGUCAUUACAGUUUGAAGCUGCCCUUUAAAAGGAACAAUGUUUCUCUGCCCAACAACUUCUCGGUAGUAAAGCAAAGGUUGCUCGGGCUGAAAAGGAGGUUCCUUAAUAACAAAGAGUUUUAUGAGGAAUACAAAAUGAACCUCAACAGGGUGAUCAGUCUGGGCUACGCAGAGCAAGUUCCAGAUCAGCAGUUGGAUCACAAUAGUGGUAGGGUGUGGUAUCUCCCGCACCAUGGCGUAUGUCACCCCAAGAAGAGGAGUCUGCGGGUGGUGUUUGACUGUGGCGCAACCUUUAAGGGAACAUCUUUGAACCAGCAGCUCUUGCAAGGUCCUAAUUUGACCAGUACAUUGCUUGGUGUCCUGCUCAGGUUUAGGCUGGAACCUGUAGCAGUUAUGGGUGACAUACAGGCAAUGUUCCAUCAGGUCAGAGUUGCAAAGGAGGAUAGAGACUUCCUGCGCUUUGUAUGGUGGCCAGAGGGAGAUCUCAGCAAGGAGGUAGCUGAGUUUCGUAUGACUGUCCAUCUGUUCGGUGCUGUGUCCUCCCCGAGUUGUGCUAGCUUUGCUCUGAGAAAAACAGCAGCUGAUAAUCAAUCUGAAUUUCCAGCCGAAGUUCUUCAAACAGUAAAGGAGAACUUUUAUGUGGACGAUUGUUUGAAGAGCAUGCCCUCUGAUGAAGAAGCUGCCUUUAUGGUCAAAAAUUUAAUUACUCUCUGUCAGGCAGGAGGAUUCACUCUGAUGAAAUGGAUUAGUAACAGUCGCACCACCCUGCAGACUAUUCCAGAGGAAUACAGAGCUAAAGAUCUGACUGAACUGAAUCUGGAUAGAGACAAACUUCCUCUUGAGAGAGCUCUUGGCUUGCAAUGGUGCGUUGAGAGUGAUUCGUUCAAGUUCAAAAUGGAGAUCCAGCAGAGGCCAGUCACCAGGAGAGGAAUGUUGUCAGUGGCUAGUUCGGUGUACGAUCCUCUUGGCUUUGUUGCACCUGUGGUGUUGCCUGCCAAAAUCAUGCUACAAGAACUUUGCAGAAGAAAUUAUGGAUGGGAUGAGACUGUGCCACAAGACAUCUUGCAACGGUGGUUCAGGUGGUUGGAGGAAUUGGAUAUGCUGUCUGAGUUUAAGGUUGAUCGGUGUAUUAAGCCCAAGGGCUUUGGACAAUCAAGACAUGCUCAGCUGCAUCACUUUGCAGAUGCCAGUGAAACAGGAUAUGGUGCAGUCACAUAUCUCAGGAUGAUGAAUGAAGGAAAUGAUAUUCAUGUUGCAUUCCUGAUGGGCAAGGCCAGGGUUACACCUUUAAAGACUGUUACUAUUCCUCGCCUGGAGCUGACUGCUGCUGUGCUUGCCAUUCGUGUUGAUCUGCUGUUGAAGGCUGAGCUGAGAUUCCAGUUGCAGCAGUCCAUUUUUUGGACCGACAGUACGUCUGUAUUGAAGUAUAUAAAAAACGAGGAUAAACGUUUUCAUACAUUUGUGGCCAACAGGGUUUCGACUAUAAGAGGAGCCACUAAAACUUCACAAUGGCGAUACAUCAGUUCCAAGGAAAAUCCAGCGGAUGAGGCAUCCAGAGGAGUGAGGGCUGGAGACUUUAUUCAUGGCCGUAGGUGGAUAGAGGGUCCAAGUUUUUUGCGUAAACCAGAAGCUAACUGGACAACAAAUGUGGUAGAAACUAUCAUGGAACCAGAUGAUCAGGAGGUCAAGAAGGAAGUCACAGUGAAUGUUGUGGCUGUGGAUGGCCUACCUGAUGCCACAAACCGGUUACUGACUUACUUCUCAAGUUGGAGUAAGCUCAAGGUGGCAGUAGCCUGGUUACUUAAAUGGAAAACCAUCCUGUUGGAAAAAUGCCGCAGGAGGAGGGAGGAGAAAUCUGCUGUCGCUGGUAAGCAGACUACAGACAAUAAUGUGCCACGGAGGAGGCAAGGGUUAAAGGACAAGCCUGGAGGGCAAAAUUUGUCCAUAGAUGACCUUAUGGGAGCUGAGCUGGCUAUCAUUCGAUACUGUCAGCAACAGAGAUUUGGAGAGGAAAUCGCCAUGUUGUCAGCUGGGAAAUCUACAGUGAGCAGGCGUAGUACAAUCCAUAGGUUGGAUCCGCGCUUGGAUGAUGGGCUUCUCAGAGUUGGAGGGCGGCUGACUAAAGGUUCUUUGCCAGAGUCGAUUAAACAUCCAAUAAUCCUCGCCAAGGAUCAAAAUGUGGCCACUCUCAUCCUCAAGCACAUUCAUCAGCAGCAGGGCCAUAGUGGGCGGAAUCACACGCUAUCAACACUACGGAAGAAGUAUUGGGUCACUAGCGCCAACUCCGCUCUAAGAAAGGUCAUUGCAGAAUGUGUCUGUUGCAAGAAAUAUAAUGGAAAGAUGCAGGAGCAAAAAAUGGCAGAUUUGCCAGAGGAAAGGAUUCUUCCUGACAAACCACCAUUUACUAACGUUGGCAUUGAUUAUUUUGGCCCAAUUACAGUGAGGAAAGGACGUGGUACAGACAAGCGCUAUGGCGUGAUACUAACCUGCUUGGCAAGCAGAGCAAUCCAUCUCGAAGUGGCUGACUCUUUGAACACUGAUGCAUGUAUCAAUGCUCUGCGACGUUUCAUCUGUAGAAGAGGUCAAGUUUCUCAUAUUAUAUCUGAUAAUGGAACCAACUUUAUAGGAGCAGAGCGAGAACUAAGAGAGGCUCUCACAGCUUUGGAUCAUGGAAAAAUUCAGAGAGUUCUACGGCAAAGGGGGGUUAAGUGGAGCUUUAAUCCUCCAGCAGGUUCACAUCAUGGUGGAGUUUGGGAGCGUGUUAUCCGCAUGGUGAGAAGGAUUUUAAGUUCAGUUCUUCAACAGCAGACCCUGAACGAUGAUGGGCUUCAUACAGUUAUGUGUGAAGCUGAAGCCAUCCUAAAUGAUCGGCCUAUCACCAAACUCUCAGAUGAUCCAAAUGAUUUGGAGCCACUUACUCCCAACCACAUUCUUCUGAUGAAAGGAAAUCCAUCAUUGCCGCCAGGAUUCCAGCCGGCGACCCAGAAUGGACCGCCCAGCACCAAGAGACUCAAGCCCAACCAGCCCAGAGCGGUACCCUCUCAACACGCCACUGGUAAGCACAAGUCUGAGCACAGAUCAGAUAACAACAGUGCAGCCACGUCACAGACGGCAGAAAUCCUGAAGGUGCUGAAAGCGUUUCUGCACGAGACAUCACAAGGAGACAAGUCAGACACCCUAUGUCUCAGCGCAAGACCCAAGCCAGACACCCAGAACACUGCUCGUCAGCAUCAGACCACAGAGCUCACUGUCGCAUCACAAAGCGACAACACCAAGCAGCCGCUACAACUGACAGCUGCACAACCUGAGCAUGACAGUCCGCCUGCCGUCGGACACAUCAGGCAGCACACCAAGAACAUGCUGCUCAACGGCCCUACAACUCAGUUUCAUGCACCUCGUGACAUCACUUCGCCACGGCUUGUGCUGCCACGGUGCAGAAAGGGGGAUAUGCCAGUGUAUGCCCAGUCACGCACCAUGAUGCUGCUGUGGUCGUCUUCCUGUGCCUCCAGCCAACCAGAAGGACAGCUUACUGUCGACCGCCUCACCGCCGGAUCCGACAUCAGACAGCAUAUGGUCGACUGCCACGCAAGCAGAGCUAAAUGGACUCCCACGCCGCUGCUGUCAACCAUCAAGAAAUUGAAAGGAACUGUGAUAAUCCGCAACGCACACAGCAUUCUACUGAACCAGACAAGUGAGCUCCAGCGAGACAACUGUUCACUGUCUGCCAGAAAGACUUUGCUAAAAUUCACCAAGCAGCCUUGGCUCCAAGACCCGAGCUACCCUGCUGCAACCGAGCCUGAGUCAAGUCCCAGCCAGGACGAAACCCACGAUUUCACCCUGAUUCCAGAACUGGAAUUAUGA